AUGACCAGGAAACUCCAAAACCAAACUCAGAAUGAUGGGAAGAGCAGGAAAAGGACUCUGAAGCCAGUUGUGGAAAAGAAGAGAAGAGAUCGAAUAAAUCAAAGUCUAGCUGAACUGAGGCAUCUGCUGAUGAAUGCCACGUCUGAUCCACGGCUGCAGAAUCCUAAAAUAGAGAAAGCAGAGAUUCUGGACUUGGCUGUUGACUAUCUCCAAAAGUGGACUGAUAAAAAGGGCCCGAGCGAUGACUCAUUGGAUACUCAUGCUCCUUUGGCAGACAGUGGCCACUCGGAGUCCAAUGCUCCUCCUCUCUUUAGCACAGAGAGUGCAGGUUUUCAGCGGUGUGUGGCCCAGCUGACCAGCUACAUGCACAUGAUAACACCGGCACAGAGAACAAGCCUGAUUGAGGGGCUUAAACAUCACACAGAGGGUAGGCAGCUGAAACCAGACUUCAACCAGCACGCAGCAUCUGUGGAUGCCAUUUGCUCAUUCGACUCCAAAGAAGAUCCUCCCGUUUUGCUUUUCCCAUCUUAUUCUCCAUUUCAGCCUCUUGCUUGUUCCACGCCAUGCCACGACUACCUGAGCCCUCCUCCUUCUCCCUGGCUCUCCCCUUCUUUCUCCAUGUAUGCCACCUCUUCUCCUUUUGCGUCAUUUGCCUCUCACUUCUCCUUCCCCCCCAGCCUUUCACCUCCAUCUUCCAACACCUCCUUCUUUAGCUUCUCACCCACAGUUCCUCACUCCAGCCUCUCCCCUCUCACCACAAUGAGACCCCCCUCAAACCUUCUACACAGGGAAGUGUCGGCACCAAACUCUUCCUCACCCAUUUGGAGGCCUUGGUUUUGA